GACGUGGCGCCCACUCGCAGCUUCCUCGUCCGCUCGCCACGUCAGCAUCCACCCGCUUCUCAGCCACCCCCGAACGUCUGCAGCGGAGACCGCGGGACUCCCUGACACGGCUGUCACCGAGGAGACCCGGAACUGUGGCUUACGGUUUCUUAUGGCUUCGCUCUCCCAACUUUAAAGGGUAGAAACCCCUUCUAAAAGCACAACAGAAAAUGAACAAGUUCAAGGGACCCGUGACAUUAAGAGACGUUACUGUGGAAUUCACCAAGGCAGAAUGGAAGUUACUGACCCCUGCUCAGAAGUCCCUUUACAAGAACGUGAUGCUGGAGAACUACCGUCACCUGGUCUCUGUGGGUUACCGUGUGAUUAGGCCAAGUGUGAUCUCCAAGUUGAGAAAAGGAAAAGAGCCGUGGGUAUUAGAAAGAGAACUUCCGAAUCGGAACCGUGCUGACAAACGAGGGAAUGUUGCUGACCCCAGAGCCAAACACCAGGAACAUCAGGCUGGAAAUUCAAGAAAAGGAGAACUCAACAGACGUCGGAAAACCGCCCCCCAGCACGAGAGCUACGACUGCAGUGAAUGCGGAAAGUCCUUCUGCCAGAAGUCUUCCCUCGUCGUGCACCAGGAAACACACACCAAGAAGUCCUAUAAGUGUGAGAAAUGUGGGCAGUCUUUCUAUAAAAACGAAGAGCUCACGGUUCAUCAGAAAGUUCACACCAGAGAGAAAACCUACGCGUGUAAAGAAUGUAACAAAAUCUUCUACCACGUAUCCUCCCUCACUAGACACCUGAGAAUCCAUGCAGGGGAGAAACCCUAUGAAUGUAGCCAGUGCGAGAAAUCAUUCUACCAGAAGCCGCACCUCAUGGAACACCAGAAGACACACACCGGGGAGAAACCUUUCGAGUGUAAGGAGUGUGGGAAGUUCUUCUACGUGAAGGCAUACCUCCUGGUGCACCAAAAGACACACACAGGGGAGAAACCUUUCGAGUGUAAGGAGUGUGGGAAGUUCUUUUCCCAAAAGUCACACCUCACAGUCCAUCAGAGGACCCACACAGGGGAGAAACCCUACAAAUGUAAGGAAUGCGGGAAGCUCUUCUCGAGGAAUUCACACCUCAAAACACACCAGAGAACGCACACCGGCGAGAAGCCCUACAAGUGUAAGGAAUGUGGCAACUGCUUCUACCAGAAGUCAGCCCUCACUGUGCACCAGCGAACCCACACUGGGGAGAAGCCCUUUGAAUGCAGUAGGUGUGGGAAAACCUUUUACUAUAAGUCAGACCUCACCAAACACGAGAGGAAACACAGCGGGGAGAAGCCCUAUGAGUGUACGGAGUGUGGCAAAUCCUUCUCUGUAAACUCCGUCCUCAGACUACACGAGAGGACUCACACGGGAGAGAAGCCCUAUGAGUGUGACAUAUGUGGGAAGUCCUUUUCUCAGAAGUCACAUUUUGUCAUACACCAGAGGAAGCACACGGGGGAGAGGCCCUAUGAGUGCCAGGAGUGCGGGGAAAACUUUAUCCAGAGGUCACAACUCACCACACAUCAGAAGACACAUACCAAGAAGGGGAAAACUUCCAAGUAGCCUGAGUUCCGGGUUCCUGCCAUAGUUUGUAACAUGAGGGCCGGCUUUCAGCGGCUAUUAGCUGAGGAGCAGAAGGAGCUCCCGCAGCAGUAGUUCCUCCUUCUGAUGUAAUCCACACAGAAGGAGAACCGUCUAAAUAUCGAGAAAAGAUUUGUCAGCCAUGUUUAUCUUUUCCGUAUAGAAUUAUCAGCACGUGUAUAGAAGGAAAUUCUGUGGUGUUCUUAGGAAGACAUUUACAAUACGGUCAAUUUUUAUAGACAUCGGGUGACAGAAACUGUAAGACAUGAAAGAUAAAAUGGGGCAGAAAUCAAGUGAGUGAGUGUCCAGAAGUUCUGUCCUAGCAUCAGGCGCUACACGUCCCAAGUACAUAGUGGGGAUCUCCCGUGCGUGUCCGAGCCCUCAGGAGUCUCUCACACAGUUGCACUUGUCUUAAAGAGAUCAAGGGGAAUGAGUGCACAGAUUGCAGCAGAUAUGGAAGCCUUAUCAGGAACACAUCCGUCACUGAAUGCUAGUUAUACAAAUACUUUGAUCAUAGCUAGGUAGGCAUUUUCAGGAUUUGAAAUAUUUUUAAGAAAAACGAAAGGAAUUUAUCCUGAAGGCAGCAGUCACGCUGUGAAUCAUGUUGCCAGUUCCAAGACUGAUUUUCCUUCCUAAAGAAACAAACAACAAAACCAGAAACCAACAAAUACCACACAUAUCAAACUAUUUAGAGAGCUAAAAUAAUCAGAAAACACCACUAAACAGAGACAUGUUUUUGAUAUGUAGAAUGUAGGUGUGUAUGUGGGUAUCUACAAAACACAUUUGUACAUGUGUAACUUGCCCGUGGGACUCAUCGGUUAUUGUGCCUAAACUCAGUAGCUAGAAUGUGUGGGAACACUUGCACAUCAGCAGUAACCUCCGUUGGUGUAUAUUUUAAACACAUAGUGUAUCUUUUCAUCUACUUCCUGGCACUUACAAAUGGGUUCAGACAUUGUCACUAAGUGGACCCUUCAAAAGACACUUAAACGCCUCUGUAAUUUUUCCAGCUAUAUGGUGAUCAGCUGAACUUUGGGUUGGAGAUGCAGCUGAAGCAGUCUGAACUUAUCCUACUGUAGAUGUUGUGGAGCGGUGGUAUCUGUGUUUGUAUUUUGUAUGAAAAAUACCUCAUUGUUUUUUCUUCUCUUUCUGGGUAGCGGAAGCAACAUGGCCAGUGGCUAAAACUGAGAUUCUAGGCUCCUACUACCUUGACCCAGACCCAAGCAUGGGCAUGCCAUGCAACUUCACUGUGCCUCAGCUUCAUUUCCUGUGAGAGCAACGGCAGUGGCACCCUAAAAUUGCCUUGAGGUUGAAAUGGAUUGGCAUUGUAAAGCACUCAGAACAGUGUCUGUAAAACGUAAAACCUCGACAUUCGGUAAUAUUCUCAUUAAUUUUUAUAUCCUGAGUCAUACAUUGAAAGGUCGGCAGCCCACUACCUGUCUCCCACCUGAUUGCUGUUAGUGCCUUGAUUUGAUUUGGCUGUGUGUCUACCCACGGUGGCUCAGGAGCAGACCCAUGAACCAUGGUCCAUCUGCCGGAUCCACAGCCCAUUCUUAUAGCCUCUAAGCUGAGAUCACUUUUUUAUUACUCAAAUAUUUCAAGAAUGAAAUGUUUUGUGACACAUGAAGGUGACAUGAAACAAAAUGUCAGUGUCUCUAAAUGAAGCACUUUGAAAACACGAAUCCAAACCCAUUUGCUUACACUCUGCCUGUGGCUGCCCUCACACUGCUGGCAGAGCUGAGUAAUAGAGGCAGACCACAUGGCUAAGAGAGCCUAAGACAUUGAUGACUCAGCACUUUACCACAUGAGUUCCUUUUACUCCGGGCUGCACACCCUGCAGCGGGUCCUGAGCCCACUCUUAUAAAUGUUCUGUUUAUUAAACAUGAUGCAGCAGUAUAUUUGUGGGUGACUUCUGUGUAGUAUAUUUAUUUUGUGCAUUGUAUUUAUAUGUGGAAAAAGCCUAGGCUUAGAAGUAUUUUUUCCCAAAGAAAUGUGAUUUUUUUACUUACUGAAUUGUUACAUUAAAACAAGUUUCCUGAUGAAAUGUAACAAAUAUAUGAAAUAAACAUUGUGUCAAUUAAAUUGAACUAAAUUUUCAA